ACACAUUGUUGUAAGUCUUUCUUCGUCCUUUAAAAGACAACUGGCAUUAAUUUUUAAAAUGUUGCAACUAAGUUUCAUUAUUUUCAUUUUAGCGGCAGUUGCAAGCGUUUUUAGCGGUGCCGCCCCCGACUGCACUUCGCCUCUUGACUCUGGACCAUGCCUUGCCUUGUUCCAUGUUUACGGCUACGACCCUGACUGCGGAGAAUGCAAGGAGUUCAUCUACGGAGGAUGUCAUGGCAACCGCAACCGUUACGACACCCUAGAAGAGUGCCAAGCUGCUUGCAAGAGUGGCUGCAAAAAAUAACGAGAUACAAGCAGUUAAUGAGGGCUAUCGUUUUUAAACUUAACAGUUGGCACCCCUGGCGAUUGACAGGACCUUACUCUACAGUGGCGCCAUCUUGAUGAGUGCAAAAUGCUCACAAGUUGGUGCCACUGUCUUCGCUACUAGCAAGUGACAGGACCUUACUCUACAGUGGCGCUAACUGGUGAGCGCUAAAACGAUAGCCCUCAUUGCGUACCUACUUGAAACCAUUUUGUUAGUAAUAUAACCUACAACAUUACAAUAUUGUAUUUAUCGUUUAUUGUUUUAAUAUCUUUCAGAGUGAGACAUAAUAUUGUUAUUGCAAAAACAAAAAU